AUGAGCGCAGAUCCCACCACUGAAGCCAAGCCAGACCUCGAGAAGGAGGAGGAACAGGAUGAGGGCGACGACUAUUAUAGUUAUGACGACGACAUCAUCGAGAAAUGGUCGGGCAUCAUCAAACUAAUCAGGCUAGAGACUAAACAAGCAUACUAUUCAAGUCCGGCCUUCGACUCAAAGUCUCCUGGACCCUUCCAAACAUACUGGAGGGGUAUCUUCUCCAAGAUCGAACAGAUGGUCCUCGAGGACGCCAGCAUCCCCCAGUACCUUACAGAACCCGCAAUGAAGCAGUUCACAGUGAGGUUCUUCAAUGAGCCCGACGCAAUGUGCUGCCCUUGCACCCUGCCGGACACCGAGAAGAGCAUUCACUUGCGCAGCGAAGAUGGCGUGACCAAGGAGGACCUCAUCAAAGCGGUUACCCGGGAACUGUACGGCGAUAAACUCCCAACAGUAUUCUCGGCCGAGAACGGCUACAGCGACGCGGAGAGCAGUGACGAAGACGCGGAGAAGGAUACCGUGGAGAAGGAAACGAAGGAGCAAAAGGAGAAAGGAAGCAAAAAGAAAGUGAACACGGAGGAUGGGAGUAAUGGAGCCCUGAUGUACUGGUCAGACUGGAUGUCCAAAGGAGGCAAGAGUCCGGAAAGAUUCGCCUACCUGCACUAUCUGAGCGACGAACAGUACGCUCCUGAGAUUAUUAUGUACUUUAGUUCUUACGAGAAUUUCAAUCGCCGGUUGGAAUUUGUCGAAAAGAAAUUCGGCAAGGGAGGAGAGUCGUGA